CGCCUACAUGCUGCUCGCGGUUCGCUCUUUGCUGACUCGUCGUCGUAUUUCCCCCCGUGUGUGAUGAUGGAGGGACGCUGCUCGGCACACACGCACAGCCAUCCCCGUCAUCGCGAAUCGCACACGGCCGUGAAAACUAAUGACAUUUGGAUUGUACCCUUUCUCCUAUUCUCUUGCGUGGCCCGACCCGCGCCCCAGUCCCCUUGCUGCUCUCAGUCGCCCUUGGUCUCUUGUUAAAAAUUGUGUGCUGGCUGCUUCCUGCACAAAGUGUAGCGAAGAAGGUCGCCUGCGUGGUCCGUGCACUGUAAUCCAUCUCAUCUGCAGCACCCACGGGCCUUGCAGCUCGACCACCUCCCUUUCCCCUCGCCAUCCCCAUCCCCAGCCCACCCGUCGUUUCGGCAGGCGGGCCCUCAGACUGCACAGAGUCUCUCCGUCCCCCCUCGUGCUCUUCUUUGGACUUCUUGCCUACACAGUACCUGGUGGCUGGGUUUGUGCUUCUGGUUGCCUCGCUUCUCAACAAACUCGUGCGUGGUGCAAAAGGCACACACGUCAGAACAAACGCAACAGAGCAAAGCCGAUGCUGACGUGCACACUGUAAAAAGCCAAGCCGGAGCGCAAACACGCACGCCCUCUCGCAAGCUGAGCAAACGUCAUUGAAGAACGCGCCCGGCAAACACCACAAUCGCCACACAGACGCUCGAUCCAGCGCCUCGUCAGCUUUUCUGCACCGUUCGCAAGCGGCAAACAAACACAACGCACGUCAAGCCUUGAGGACCGAGGUUCGGCGACGAACGGUACAUGGUAUUCUGCCUACCUCAUCCGACAUGUCUGCCACGCACCAAGCUUCGUGAGUACAUGCACCGCGAGCCUCGGUAUCUUGCGGCGGUGGCGGAGGCUGCCUGCUCGCUUUGU